CGGCAGACUCAAACCUAUCGGUUGACGCCUGGUGAAAUAUGGAGUUCCGUCUCGUCUGAAGUACUUCCGGCGCCCCAUCACGGAUGUCUGUCUCGUCUGAGGUGCUCCCCUCUCCUCCUCAGCCUCCAUCUCACUUUCAACAUCUCCGUAUUUUAUGCGAAGGAUAGACCUAAUCCAAAACUUCGCUCCAGGCAAAAUGAACCAUCAUGAUUCUGGCGAAGAGAUUUUGUCAAGAAAAUUGGAGUGACGGCGAAGAAGGUUUCAAAUCCCAGAAAGACUGAACAUUAUCCGGUUUCAAAGGAUAUCGGAUCCGAAGAAUAAAAUGCUGUCAACAAUCGGCUCACCCGCUCUCUUCUCCGACUCUGGAGAGACUUUUCCUUACCACUCUUGGAAUUCGGAUCCAUUCUGGGCAUGUAAUCCGAGACGGCCUCCGAGGAUGUCUACCGUCUUCGUCGACAGGAGUAACGACGCCUUGUGCGACCUACCAACAUUGCAGAUUGGGGGUCCUUGUCCUCGUGCGACUCCGCAGUCGCAGGUACCCGUUCCGGACCGGUCAGAACGUGUGAUGCCGGUAACAGUGUUGGAGCAAUCAGCUAAUACAGAAAAGAAAAAGAGCGGGAUUUUCGGCUUUCUAUUCGGAUCUUCGUCGAAAAGCAAAGCACCGCCGCCACCAAAUCCGAUCCACGAACAAGCCCUCGCAGCCGAACGCAAGCAUCUAGAGCUUCAGCAUGAACGCAAAGAAGUCUUCUCCAAAGGCAUUCCAGCUUCACAGCAGUGGAGAGACGUCGAGGACAGUCCUGGGCUAUUACGGGCCUUUCCAGGGACUGCAGGUAGUAUGGCAGGAAGUCUAGAAAAGCGGAUUCGAUCAGCGGCGCAGAAGUUCGCUAUCGACGAAAGGAUGAGGCGACUCAUGUUGCAGAUGGUUGGGACACUGAGCUAGUAGCGACUCUCCACUCAGUUUGCAGUGGGACGCCGAGGUAAUAGUGCGAUUAUUCGGUCUGUGCUGCUUCGGAGACGUGGGCGUGGCGACCAUCCAGCGCUCGAAGUUGCACAGUAUUUAUAGAUACGUUAGAC